AUGCCACUCCUGAACGAUCCAACACUAAUCGGAGCCAAAGAUGAAGUCGCCAUCAACUUACAGACCGAAGAGUCUUGGAAAGGCAACGCCUUGGAAGUCCUCUUUGCUAAACCUAUGAAAUUCCUUCUUUACAGAUAUCCUUCUGCACCUUCGAUGUCGCAGAGCUCACCUGAAGGCGACUACGUCUACGAAAUUCCCGGUCUUGCAAGCCCAGGAGAUGAAAAGGAGGUGAAAAAUCCCCUCUACGACAAAUAA